CACGGCCCGAAAUCCCAUUCAAGCAGUUUGCUUGCAAAUGUAAUUAAUAAUUAAUAAUCUAUAGCUCUUUAAAGAGUAAAAACCGUGGAGAAAUUGCGAAAAUUUCGAAGAAAAAAUAAAGCACUCGAUGGUUCUCUCUAAGAAACAUAAUGGCUAUUGAGAUAUUUUUCUUUUGCAUUGUUGGCAUUCUAACGGGAAACAGUAUGUGAUUGGUACAUGCUGGACGGAUACGUUUGCUGCCACCUUUCUGCUUGAAUGGUUCAUGCUCCGCUGUUUGGCGUCAGUUAAAAAGGAUCUUUCAUUUGAGCUCUGCUCUAUGAUAAAAGCUAUGAGUGUCUUUACCAACAAGGCAAAUCCAAUAACUGGUAAAAUGGAGUGGGAGAUGCAUGACGAUGACUAUGACUUCACUCAGGAAAUAGCUCGAUCUUCAUAUGCAGACAUGCUACAUGACACCGAAAGGAAUGUGAAAUACCAAAUUGCCCUUGAAUCUGCUAUCAAGAUUAUGCAUGCCAGUGGAAAACCAGCCCAUGUCUUGGACAUUGGUACAGGAACAGGUUUGCUUGCAAUGAUGGCAGCAAGAGCUGGAGCUGAUACAAUCAUUGCAUGUGAGGCCUUUGAACCUGUGGGGAAAUGUGCAGAGGAAGUCAUAAAAUUAAAUGGAUUUUCUGACCGCAUCAAAGUUAUUUCCAAGAGAUCAACUGCCUUGACUGUUGGUCAAGGUUGUGAUUUGCCACACAGGGCCAACAUACUUGUUACUGAAGUUUUCGACACAGAACUAAUUGGGGAAGGGGCAUAUGCUACUUUCAGCCAUGCUCACAAAGAACUUCUUGAAAAAGAUUGUAUUGUUGUACCAUCUUCGGCUACUGUGUAUGCUCAGGUUGUAGAGAGUGAUUUGGUCUGGAGAUGGAACAGCUUGAGACCACUUCAAGACAAGAAAGACAUUUUGGUUGAGACUCCUACAGAUAUAUUAAGUUGUGCAGGUGCUGCAGCUGUUCAUGACAUUCAGUUGAGUCAAUUAUCUCCAGAUCUGUUCACAACUAUUUUAUCUCCAGAGCCUGUUUUUAGAUUUGACUACUCAGGACGGAGCCCUAUUGUGAAAGAAAGAUCGACAGUACAGGUUCUCAAAGCUGUAAAUAAUGGCUUUGCCCAAGCAGUUUUUAUGUGGUGGGACCUUGUCAUGGACACCAAAGGCGAGGUAAUCCUUAGCUGUGCUCCUUUCUGGGCACAUCCAUCAAAGCCUAAGCACCCAAAUGAAAUUCCUUGGAGAGAUCAUUGGAUGCAGGCUGUAUAUUAUUUGCCAUCUCCAGUACCAGUGAAACAAGGGCAAGAGCUGACACUUAUCAGUUCACAUGAUGAAUAUUCUUUGUGGUUUAAUUUGGGCUUGGACCUGAAAUUAAAAGACAAGGAUUACAUGCGCCCAGUUUGUAUUUGUAGUGCUCAUGCUUCUCUAAGUCGCACCAGAAUUGGACAGAUCAAUGAUGAACAGCGCACUCUGAAAUAUUUGAAAGCAUUAAAAUCUGUUGUUGAUGUGGAAAGUAUUUGUUUGAGUAUUGGUGACUCUUGCUUAAUAGCCCUAGCUGCUGCAAGACUAGGAGCCAAAAAAGUUUAUUGUAUUGAAAGCUGUUCUCUAAUGAAACGAAUUCUAGAAAAUUAUGUUAAGCAUAAUAAGUUAGAUAGCAAAGUUGUUGUUCUGGAUGAGUCUUCUAUUGCAAAAGAUGAUUUAAAGGAAACUUUAACUGAAAAAGUUAAUUUAAUUUUGAGCGAACCAUAUCACAUGUCUAGCAUUCUUCCCUGGGAAAACUUACAUUUUUGGUUCAAGAAAACUGAAAUGAAGGACUUAAUUAGCAAUCACUGUGUAACAUUACCUUCGAAGGGCAAAUUAUUUGGAAUGGCUGUUGAAUUCAAAGACCUAUGGAAAAUUAGAGCUCCUCUUAAAAAUGUGCAAGGUUUUGAAAUGAAAUGCUUUGAUGAACUAGUUGAUGUAUCAAUCAACCGAGUGGACUGCAAGUGGGAAGCUCAACCUCUCUGGGAAUAUCCAUGCACUGCCUUAUCAAAGCCCACUCAACUGUUGGAACUUGACCUAAAUUCUAACAUACCAGAAAACAAAAUCGAAUGUUCCGGAUCAAUGGACAUUUCAGGAUUGGGUGCUUGCAAUGGCAUAGCAUUGUGGAUGGAUUGGGUGCUGGACCGAAAAGAAGAGUGUAUUGUGUCUACUGGUCCGACAGCUGAAGUACAGAUUGAUCAUCAAGUCAGCUGGGAUAUGCACUCUCGUCAAGGUGUUUAUCUUUUUGUAGAAGCCAUCCCUCAGGUGGCUAGUUUCACUUUCUCUACUGUCUUUUGCCCACAAAAUGGGAGCAUUUCUUUUGACUUCAAACCAAAAAAUUUAAAAGGAGUGCAACCAGCUUAGUCAAAUCCACCCUUGGUUGUCAACUUGAAAGAAUAAAUUAAAUUUUUCUGA